UUAGGAUUUUAUUGUUCCAAGUUAGUUGAAACUUGAAAGUUGAAACCGUGACGCUGAUGUUUUCUUCCCUUUUCAUUGGAAUCAUCGAAACCAAAGCCACACACUGUUAAAACCAGUGUUCCUCCUUUGUAGUUUCCAUCAUUCAUUGCAAGCUUUUCUCCAUUUCCUCGCACACCAUUCUCCAUUCCUUCUUCGACCUCAUCGCCACAAAGAAUUCUUAUAUUCUCGCUCACCCAUUUUGCUAGAUCACACUGUCAUUUGAGCUCAGCAGCUAAAAAAAUCGGUUUUUGAUUUGUGGGGUUUGUUCAAAAUGGCGUCUUGCACUAUCCCUUGUCCCAAGUGUCUCUCUUUUUCACAUUUGGGAUUGAACUCUCAGACCACACAACGGAACAUGCACGUGGCUGGGUUGGGAUUGAAGAAAUCCCAGUCAUUUGGAUCUUUGGUUUGUGAUUCAAACUCAAUUGGGGUUCAGUGCCUUAAUACGAAGAAAUUUUCUGCCUUGAAGUGUCAAGCACAGCCUAAAGAGGUUGUUACUCUUGAAAAUUCUUCAAACUCUGCACCUGCACUUGUCAAUGGACCUAUACCUGCUUCAUCAAAAGAGAAAGAUGACGAAAACAGGAAACCUUCUGGGCCAAGCACUUUUGCAGAUCCAGCUUCCAUGUCUGCAUUCAUGAAUCAAGUUUCAGACCUUGUAAAACUUGUGGAUUCUAGAGAUAUCGUUGAGCUACAACUUAAGCAGGCCGACUGCGAGCUCAUGAUAAGGAAAAAGGAAGCUUUGGAGCCUCCACCGGCCAUGGUAGCUCCAGUGUCUUUUCCUUAUCCUACAUAUCCUUCUAUGCCUUCACCACCGCCACCAGCUGCUGCUGCUGCUGCUGCUCCUGCUCCUGCAAGCGCUGCGCCUUCGAAAGCAGCACCUGCCUUACCACCACCUGCAAAAGCAAGCAGGUCAUCUCAUCCACCCCUGAAAUGUCCAAUGGCUGGGACCUUUUAUCGUAGUCCAGCACCUGGUGAACCGCCAUUUGUCAAGGUGGGAGAUAAGGUGCAGAAAGGGCAGGUUAUUUGCAUUGUUGAGGCUAUGAAACUGAUGAAUGAAAUUGAGGCUGAUCAAUCUGGAACAAUAACUGAGAUAAUUGCCGAGGAUGGCAAACCAGUCAGCGUCGACACGCCUCUUUUGGUAAUAGUACCAUGAGUACCAGGAAAAAAGAGAGCUUAAUUUGGUUGGAGCUGUGGGAACCUGCAUUGCUAGAUAACAUGUCUGGCACUACAUGAUUUAAAUUAUUCAUUAUUAUUGUUGAGAAAUUUCUUGUGUGAUAAUGUUUUUUCCUACUUUUAAGGAAAAUUCACUCUGUCCGUUUAUUCAGAGAGACAUUUUAGACAUAAGAGCCACAUCACUGUCCAAUAACACUUUCUUCUUAUACUAUUUAUUGGAUUAUGUCAAUUCAUUAA